AUUGAGCAGCUGCAUUCCAGUGACAACCUGGGUACAGUCUUGCGAAAUUUGGUGGCAGAAGUCGACGACAAGAGCCCGGCAAACGGCCAGGGCUCCUACGUAGAUCUUGAUCCGGGUACAAUCAUCAAGAUUGCCCAGAUCCUACGUAAGUUGAACGCAAACUGCGCAACUAUGACGACAGAAAACCAUGGGACAAGUAACGCCUCCUCUGCCGGCCUGGAUGUAGUCUCAGGAGAGACCCCAGGCAGAAAUCAAGCAGGUGGGGAGCGGGCACAAAGGGCCACUGCGGAUGGCCGUAACUUAACGCUAUCCAAACAGGAUAGCUUAUAUUUGAUGAAGAAGAUAAGGGACUUCGAACAGAAGUGUAAACCCUUACAAGAAAAAAAUAAGAAAUUUUUGGAGAAGAAUAUGGAGUUAACGACGCAAAAUAGGGACUUGAAGGAACAGAUACGCAAUAUUACUGAGGAAAACAAAAAACUGAAAGAGAAUCUAGAUCAAGCCAGACGGAAAUGUAGUUCAUUGGCACGGCAACUAAAUGAGGAGAAAAUGGAGAAAGGAAGCCUGGAGAUUCAGAUAGAGGAGAUUGGGAAACUUCGUGCAGAGAUCGCAGAGCAAAGCAAAACUAUUACAAACCUCAAACAUGCAGCAGCUGAGAAAGACAGAAGAAUGGAGGUACUGCAGCAUAGGAAGAAGAGAAGGCUGAGAAUGUCUGCAGAACACCUGUCAAGACUGAGCAGUCCAUGCAGUAUAGAAGAUGAGCCUUCACAAGACUCUGAUCUAUCUUUUUCAUCCUUGUCAGUUGGAACCUUGUCUGAUGAUGAUCUAUUAGAGGAACUUCCUCACGAUGAUGCAGAAAAGAUUGAGAAAAAUUACAAGAAGAUAAUGAAAGAGCACCUGACUUUACAGAAAUCAACAGCCCAGCUGCAGAACAUUCUUGGCUGGAGAACAGAUUCACAGAGAUAUGUCAAGUCUAAACUGGACUUUGAAACAGACCUGUAUAUAGCACAGUGCAAGAUAGAAAAUCUUGAAGAGUGCCUUAGUAAAUACAAGGAGUAUGACACAAGCUGGGUUUUGGAGAAAGACCAACUUACUUCAGAGAAAGAUCGCCUCACCUCUGAGAAUGAAACACAAACAAAACAGAUUGAGAAGCUGAAAGAAGAUUUAAGGGAGACAACUCAAACAUAUGAAGAACUGAAAGAGCAAUCAGAACACCUAGAGUUCUUGGUCCUUGAAACACAGGAAAGCAAGACUGAGCCAGCCCAUACAGAAGAUGCCAGUACAUACACAGAUGAUGAACAUGUGCUAGGGUUCCAGCAUAUUGAAGAACAGGCCAGUGAGCUAGUAUCUCUAUGUUGUAAAGAGGCUGCACUCAAGGUCAAGUUAGAAAUGUCUGAAGCACUGCAACAGGAAUACAAGGCCACCAUCAAGGGGCUGGAGGACAAGCUUGGUAAACUUCUCAAAGGCCAAGGCUCUGAGGUUGCCACGGUGAUGCAACAGUUAAAACAAGCUGAACAGCAUGUGAUUGAUGCUAUAGAAAUUGAAAAGACCAUGCGUGAUCUGGAGGAAAUGGUCAAAUUCCAACAACAGGAACUGUCUGGGUUAUCAGAGAAGCUUGCAAAAUGUCAGCAGGAAAACUCUGGGUUGGUUCAAAAGCUUGCACACUACAGGGGAAAGCUUGACUCUCAAGAACAGUCUCUGGCUUUAACAAGAGAUGAACGUGAGGAACUCCUUCAGGUCAAGCCUAAACCACAGGGUAGUGUUUUGAAUAAUCGUCUUAAACUAGCUGAGAUGGGCCAAGGAGCAGUUCGUCAGAGACCUCUAGAACGUGAGGGGUCUCGAGAGCGAAUUAACAGCCCAGUAGAAUCACCAACGUCACCUGGAUCUGUGUCAAACAAUAAACUGUCUCUUUCCUUCAAUGGUAAAACUAUAAACCAGUCAGAAAAACAGGAAACUUCAGAAAUGGAAAAUGGGAAAGAGGCAGGCGUUCAUUUCGAGCAGUUAGAGGCAAAUAUGGAGUACAUAGAACCAGUCAACUAUGACAAUUUAGAAACUAAACGACCAAGAAUUAACAGUAUGCCAAUGAUUGGCACAGGCCGCUCUGGAAUUUUCAGUGAAGUCGACAAACUUCAGAGACAGAUUCAGGAUCUGCAAGAAGAGAAUGAUGUCCUCAAAUUUGAAAUGAUGCAAAAAUGUCAUGGGGAUUCUGAUGCAUCUGGAUCUGACUCGGAAGACUUAAGACUUGCCGAACUUCGAGAAACAUGUGAAAAUCUCCGUGAGAGACUGCAAAGUGCUGAGGCCACUGAACGUCAAUGUAAAGACCGGUUAAAACUUGCAGAGAAACAUAUAACAGAACUUGAGCUUGCGGAAACAGUUCUUAGAGAUCGUGUCGAAGAAGGCAAUACCGACUGUGAUAAACUACGAAAACAAAUUGUACGUCUGCAGAGAAAAAUUCGAGAAUUGAAAGACGUCAGCUCUGACAAAGACGCUAAUGAACAAGCUCUUCUCGAAAAGGUGAAAUAUUUGGAGGAUGCUGAGGCACAACUUUCGAAAAAGGUGACAGAACUUGAAGGAACUAAUCACAUCUUGAAACAGAGGCUUGAUGUGAAGGAUGAACUUACGGCUGACGUACAACUUGUCGAGACUUUAACCCUGCAAGUUAAAAACCUGCAAACUGAAAAUAAUCACCUGGAGUCCAAAAUGAUUGACCUCGAAGAAAAUAAUGAACUUUUAAAAGACAACUGGAGGAGAGUUGCUGACGAGGAAGCUAACAGAAGGGAAUGUUUAGAGGAAAAGAUAAGACUUCUUGAAUCAGCGAAUAAUGAUUUGAAAGCAAAACUGAAAGAGAAAGAAUCUGAUAUGGAAGAGAAUUCUGGACCAUCAAUAGCAACAGAAAUUCAUGAUGACACUGUUGAGCAGUUGAAUAAAAGAAUACAAGAACUUGAAAAUGAGUUGCUGAAAGUUAAACUUGAUAAAGAUGAGAAAAUACAUUCACUGGAAAAUAUAUUACAGAUAGAAGAAACAGAUAAAAAUAAACUUACAGAAACUGUUUCUGAAAUGAAAACAACUGAAAAUGAUCUGAGACAACAAAUAACUAAAUUGACUGAAGAAAAAAGUGAAAGUUCAAAAGUGACUGCUUUAGAAAAUAAUGAAAAGGAUGAUGCAUUAUCUGAAUUGAAAGUAACUCAUGCUAGUUUGUUAGAAAGUUUAGCAUCUAUGGAGAAAAAUGAAGAAAAUCUCAAAGAAAAGAUCAGUGAAAUGGAAAAGGUUCAUGAAAAGAAAGUUGCAGUUCUGGAGCAUGAAAUAGCGGAGUACCAACAACAAGAAGAUGACCUGUGUACCAGAAUUGAAGAAUUCGAGGAAAAUGAAUCAAAGCUAAAUGAUAAAAUUUCUAAAUUUAGUGAAACUGAAAUGAACUUCAAGAACAAGAUUGAAGAGCUUGAAAACAGAGAAACUAGUCUCACAAUAAGAUUUUCUCAGAGAGUAGAGGAAUUGGAAAGAAAUGAAAGUGAAAUAACGGAAAAGUUCCAGCUGAAAAUUCAAGAGCUUGAAGAACGGGGAGUGGAAUUGUCAGAAGAAGUUGAAAAACUUACUAAUGAAAAUACUGAACUUAUUGAAAAGAUAAACACACUUGAAAAGCAUGAGAAAGAACUAUCUGAAAAAUCUGAAAGAGCUUUAAGAGAUACUUCACCACCUGAACAAGAAAAUGUUGAACUUUUGCAUGUUGACUCUGAUAAUGAUACAGCACAGUUGGAAAUUCAUGAUAAAUAUAAAAGUUCUGUUAAGUUGGAAUCUCAGGCCAGUGUAAGUGCUCCUGUAUGUAAUCAAACUUCAAAUGCUGAACAACUGCAAAGUGACAAUCAAAAUUUAUUAGAUGAAAUAUCAAAAUUAAAAUCUGUGAUACAAGAAGCUGAAAAAGAAAAUAAAAACCUUGAAGAUAAAUUGAGAAGACAAGAGAAGAAAAGAAAGCGAUCAGAAAGAGCAGAUAAUGUAGAUGAUUAUGAUACAAUAGCUAGAGAAGUGGUUACAUACAAACUUGAGGUUGAACAACUGAGAACAGAAAACACUGAUCUUCAUGAAAGGCUUAUGGAGCUUGAUGAAUCUGAAAAAUGCUUACUUGAAAAAAAUGAACAGUUAAUGGUUGACAUUGAAGAACUUAAAAAUUCGAAUGGAUCUUUGGAGAAUGAUAAUGAUGAGCUAAAUGCUUUACAAAAGAGAGUACUAGAACUUGAAGACAUAGAAAAAACAUUAAAAGAAAAAUUGGAACAAAAUAAAAAUGUUAAUGAUGAAAAUGACAAUAGUGCAUCAAGAGAACUUGUUAAGCAACAGUCUUCAGAUUCAGCCUAUGAAAGUAGCAGAGACAUAGUAAAAGAAACGGCAGACAAAAAUGUUGGAACUGGGGAUUUCAUGGAAGGAGUAAUGGGAGGACAAGACCAAGGUAGACGUGUCUCAAGCAUGUUUGAGAGGACACAAUUUCUUGAGACUGAAAACCAGGAACUUUCUGCAAAACUGAGCACACUUACAGCAACAGAUGCACAGGUUAGACAGUUAUCAAUGAAGGUAAAAGCUCUAGAAGAAAAUGAAGAUUCAUUAAUGGAAAGAGUUAUGGAAUUGGAGGAUGAAGAAGAUAGGUUGACAAGAGAGUUAAACAAAUUAAGGAAGAGUACAUCUUCAGUAACUGAGCUUGAGGAAGAGUUGUCUGCCUUGCAAGAGAGUGAACAAGAGCUGAAUAGUACAGUUGAAAGUUUAAAGGGUGAAAAUAUUGCAUUGAAGAAAACUAUGGAAAACUCUUACAGUGAAAAGGGUGAUAUUGCAAUAAGGCUUGCAGGUGUUCAGAAAUUAUAUGAUGAUGAGAAGAAGAAGGUUGAAUCUUUAUUGAAAGGCGAGGAAAGAUUGAUGAAAAGUGUAUCAUCAGAGAAGAAAGCUGUGAAAGAAAUGGAAGAAGAACUAGCUAACACUCAGGAAAAAUUAGAAGAAUUGCAAACAGAAUAUGAAAAUAAGCUGUCAGAAAAAGAUGAAAGUGAAAAGGUUUUAAAAGAAGAAAUGAAUAAGUUAUACAGAGAUAAAGAAAUGUGGAAGAAGAAGCUGCAGGAGUAUGAGAAAUCAAAUUCUGAAUUGGAAGACGAAAUUGAAGCUUGUAAGAUAUCAGAAUCUCGAAUGUUUCACAGACAUCAGCAGUUAAUCACUCAGAAUGAGGAAUUAGAAUUGAAACUGUCAAAACUUGUUAAACUUAUACCAGGCGCAGAGGUGGAUUCUGUUGACAUCAUAAGUAAGAAAUCAAAUAAUACUUUAAUGGCAGAAAAUCCUGAAGUGAUUACUGAGAAUCCAUUGACACAAAGCAUUUUUACAGAAUCAGAACUUGAACUUAUACGAGGUAAAACACCUGAUACAGAAUUGCUUGGCUCAGUUCCUUUAGAUAUGCUAAGAAAAAUUCAGGAUUUUGAUAGAAGGGAACAAGAGUACCAAUCAAAAAUACAAGACAUUGAAUCAAAAAAUUCAAAUCUAGUCAAAAAAGUGAAAGUAUUGCAAGGCAAGGAAAAAGACUUGAAACAUGAAAAUAAAGAGCUGCAAUUGGAGCUGCUUAAAGGUCGAGAGCUAGAUUCAAGUUUACGUGCAUCUACUUCUAGUCUUGACAUGGACAAAUCAGGGUCAGAGGAUGGACUGGAUAUUGAUAGUCCAGAUGGAGCAGAUGACCAGGAAAUGUUCGAAACAGAGAAAAAAGCAGAUUCUCAGUAUGAUGAAAUGACUCAUGAGGAACUGUUGUUAACUGUCAAGCUUCUAGAUGAGAAACAAAAUCAAGAUGCUAGAAAGACAGCAGAGUUUGAGGGAUGGCUGAAAGAUGUACUAGAACAGAUGGGAAGCCUGCUUACAUCAGAAUCACUGGGCACAUUCAUGCAGAAUGUUGAGUCAUUGAAAACAACUGUUCAAAGACAGAACCAGUCUCAAGUCAUUCAGCAGACGGUUGUUGAAGUAUUAGAAAAUGUAACCAUUCUAAGACAGAGGUUGGAGGCAUUACAGACUAGUGAAGAAAAACUAAGAAUAUCUCUGGCAGAGAAUGAGUUAGUGAAAGGGCAAUCUAUAGAAAAAAUAAACCAGCUUGAAGCUCAAAUCCAUGUCAUGGCAAAAUUAUCCCAUAAGUACCAGUCAGCACCGUCAGAUAACAGAGUUGAAGUUGGGGUCCAGUCUUGUCUUGAAGAGCGCCCGCUAUGGGAACGUCUUGAAAGUUCUCAAAACAGCUUUACUGCCCCAUCAAGGCAGUUACGUCUAGAAACAUCAAAAACCAUCAACAUUGAUGUCCUACCAACCAAACUUGUCCAGAAUUUACCAUGUUUAGGUUACUCUGAGACCGUAAAUGUAAAUGUUCCGCCAUCUGCUUGUGUACAUGCAGAAGAUGACCAGUAUUUAGACAGUUACUCUGGAUACGAUUACACAGGUUUUCCGAUCAUGAUGGACAAAGCGGAGGAUGUGCUGCGACAGAGGAUCCGGGAGCUUGAGAAGCUUGAGAAACAUUUAAAACAACAGGUGUCUGAUUUAGAGGCUGACAGGGAAGAACUUCAUGGUAUCGCUCGUACAGAUAAAAAUCUCAUCCACGAACAAAAUGUACGAAUACGUGAGCUUCAGCUUUCACAGAGAAACCUCCAGGAACAGAUCAAGAAGUUUGAAACUAGUGAAAAUUCUCUGUACGCACGUCUCGAUGAGCUUGAAGCUGAGAUGGACAACAAAGAUGAUCGAAUUCGAGAUUUGGAAAUCUUGGAACAACGACUGAAAGACUUAGUUAAGCAAUAUAAACUAGAUGAGAAGAUUUUGCAGACAAAAUCACAGACACUAGAAUCUUCCGUUAAGGAAAUGAGUGAAAAAGAAGAAACGUUGAAACAGAAAGUGCAAAAUUUGGAGUCGGAGAAGUCCGCUUUCUCAGAGAGAUCGGAAUAUUUACAGAUGAGAUUAAAAGAGAUAGAAGGUGCAGAAACAGAUUUGGCGCAAAGAGCAAAGAAUCAAGACAAUAUUAUGCAAACAUUACAAAACACUGUGAUAGAAUUGGAGACAUUUGGUGCUAAUGCUCAUGCACGUGUUGUCGAAUUAGAGCACAUAAAUUUCGAGCUUCAGCAAAGAUUACAUCAUUCAAUGACUGAAAAUUCUCCUCUGUCAAAACGUACGUCGACCUUACAACAGCAUUGUGAUAGUAUGGAAAAUGAACUAAGUGCUUUGCGGGAUAAGGAGGUACAACUACAGCAGGAGAACGAAGCGAUGCAAAAAAGUGAGAUUAGUUUACAACAGGAAGUAAAAAAUCUUCGUAUGAAGGAAGUGGAAUUAGAAAUGAAGGUUCGUGAUUUGGAAGAGUCGGAUUCAGUGAUGAAAGACAAACUGAGCAAACUACAGAGGAGUGAGAAUACUUUGAAGUAUCGAGUGCAAGAACUAGAAACCUCGGGAAUACAGGCACCAUCAGACCUUACCUCCAGCCAGACAGCUAACAUGAAGUUGCCGAGGACACUGGAGGAAUGUCAGCGUCGUAUCAUUGUUCUACAGUCCAAUAAUGCAGAGCUGCAGUCACGUCUGCAGCAACAGGAUAUGGAUAUUUCGGGAACCAGUCCACAGGAAGUCGGACCAGACUCCAGGGGCAUGGUUUCACUACCACAAGCAGAAUACCAGACUUUGCAGAGAAAGUCAAAGAUUUUGGAACAGACAGAGAACCAAUUGGAACAGUCUGAUGUUUUGAACACACAUUUACAGGAUACUGUUGCACAGUUGAGGGAGGGAAAGGAUGUCUGUGGCCAUGAAGUAGAAAUUGAGGUUCUAAGGAAUCGCCUUGAUCAGGCAAAUAAGUCGGUCAAGAUGAUGCAGAGCCCUGGUACUGGGCAGUGGAUAGCACAGGGGCCAAAUGUAGCACAGCCAGGUAGCGGUCGGUCUCCAAGGAGAGAAGAAUUAAUAAAUGACUUGGUCAGCCAUCUUGAAGCUGGUGAAAUAGAGGAGACCUUGACCAAGACUACCGCAAAUGGUGCACAGUUAUCAAGACCUCCAGGCCAGAAAUUGUCACGUGAUCACAUGAUAGAAGAUUUACUACAAACUUUACAACCCCCAAGUCCCAUGGGGAUGGAAGACGAUCACUGGCGCGAGAUUGAGUCUCGUAUGGAGGCAUCCAGCAGAGGAGGCGAACAGUGGAUAAGUGUCGGAAAAGCGACUAGUUUAUACGCAGCCGACCCUACUGGUAUAAAUAUAAAUCGAUCCCAUGGUAAAAAUGAGGAACUAGAGCUUGGCGUAGCUCUUCAAUCAGAAACUGAAAGUCACAUUUCUCAGAAUGACACAGAUUCAGGUCGCUAUGGAAACAGGAUAUCACCACGUUUACAGCGACACACUCAGGCCCCGCCACUGCCCCAGAUUGGACCUCCAAGGGGAGGCAGUGUCAAGGUCACAGAAGGUUUCGGAGACUCUCUCUAUGUCAACAGUUCUACCCAUGAUAGUAUAGAGGACAUGUCAGAUCAGAAUAAGGAGAUCUUUUUGCGACGACUCGGUCAGUCUCGAGUAGCCCCGAGUGUCACAGAAAGUGUAGCGGACAGCGGACGAGGAACUGCCUCGGUAUCCAUAGCAACCAGCGGUAUGACAUUGAGAGAGAGGAUAGCACAUAUUGAAAGACAACUUUCGGCACGAGAAUCAGACUCUGCACGUGAAAUGAAUGGAGAGAUGGAUUUAACAUCAUGGAAAGCUCGUGUACAUGACAGUAAUAGAAGAUUGGAGAUAGCAGAGAAAGAAAACAAACACUUUAAAGAUGAAAUAAAUAAGUUAGAGAAGGAACUUGAAGAGAAGACAAGAAUUUAUUUGUUGUUAGAGGCAUUCCUGAAAUCUGUACGAAUUAUUCUUGCAGAAAAGAAUGGUGUAAAUGAAAAGGAAUUGAUCGGCAAGUUGGAGAAUGAAGUUGAGAAGGUUACAUCAAAUAUGGAAAUUGGAGGUCAACGUCCUGAUGACAUUAGUCAUGACUCAGCUGCUCUCAACACCGAACUUGCCAAGAAAGACAGAGAAUUGAAUGCUAAGAGAAACGAGGUUGACAGUUUGAUGCGUGAGCUCCGCCAGUGGCAACAGGAGUGCCGCUCUAUUGAAGAUAUGAGAUCUAAUGCUCUAGACUCCUUGCGGGGCCUUGAGGUGGAGAUCUCAGAGUUACAGGUGGCCGAUAAACAGCUGAAGGACCUCAAAGAUGAUUAUAACACCUUGAAAGGACAGUUUAUAAAACUUGUGGAUGCUUACAAAAACUUGGAACAUGUUCGUCAAAAAUUCGAGGAUCUUACCAAGGAGAGAGAUGACCUUGACAUUGAAGUCACUGGACUAACGUCAAAGGUCACACUGCUUGAAGGUCAACUCAAGGUCAUGGAAGGAGCCAACAAAGAGAAACUUGACCUUGAAGAGAAGGUCAUUGAAUUGAAGGGUCAGCUAGCAGAAUAUGAAAAAGUUGAGAUUGAAAAGGCAUCUUUAGAGAAGAAUCUUGCGGCAAUUACAGAUCUUCUUAACGAAAGGAUGAGAAAAGUUGAAAGUUUGACCGAGGAAGUAUUCGAGUUGCGUAAAAAGACGUCUACAAUGGAUCGUGACAACUACAAGCUGCGACAACAAAACCUCUCUCCUCGGAGUAUUCCUACUCCAAAUAACAUCAUUAAACAUCGGGGUGCAGAGGACGGGAAGAAAGUUCAGACAGCUCCGCUGCGAGCCAGGAUUGUUCAGCUGACAAAUCUUUGUAAUGAAAAGGAUAUUUUGAUCAAAAAAUUAGUUCAGGAAUUGAAAAGACUGAAAUCAGGUUCACGGUCUUCACCACUGGUUGAUGAAUUAUGUCGUCUAGACACUAAGUCAGAUCACAAUCACAACGUUCUUGGACGUUCAUCAUCACAGUCUUCCCUCGAGAGUAUGGAUCGCAUGUCGGUUGUUAGUGACACUGAAUUAAUACGUGAACAAAAUCAACAUCAUGCUCCACGACCGCGAUCAGCAGACAUUCAUAACCAGCAUAGAAAUGCAAGUCAUCGGCACUCGUAUCACGGCAGUACAAAUCUACCUCGUUAUGCUCGCAACCACCAUAGUGCUUCUCCUAAUUAUAGACCAUCUGCAUUAAGUAACGGCAGAGUAAACAUGGGUAUGCAUUCACCCCACCCACCAACUGGAGGGCAUGGAAGUUUACGUGGAAAUAAUAGUGGUGAUGAUAUGUUCAGGACUACACAAUAUGUUGCGAUAGCUGAUUAUGAUCCUUCUAUGUUUUCACAAAGUGGUCAUCCUCGAUUGGAGCUCUCCCUAAAGGAGGGUGAUACAGUGCUAGUUACAGGACCUCUACAUGACAACGGUUAUGUUGAGGGGGAGGUGAAAGGUCGAGUAGGCUUGGUACCAAUCAGUUACCUUCAGCCUUCAUCACCUCACAGAAGUGCUGGGAGCCAGUGUAGGAUACCAGAACACUUGAACGCAAGUCCAGAGAGGAUCGCCCAGCUGUACAGUAGUCUGCAUGGGGCACAUCAGUCAGACACUCAUGGUCUUCCAAAUGGGUUUCCAAGUAGACAGUUGCCAGGCAACCAAAGAAGUAUGCCAGUUUCUAUGGCAAUUGCCCCACCAGCUGCCCCUGAUAACUUCCAUGUAGAGAAGAUUAUUGGAAACAGCAGUCUUAUGUUGGCAUGGGAACCAGUACCUCUUGACAACAAAGGUACCAGCAAUGGGGUGAAGGUCACAGGUUAUAAGGUGUAUAAGAAUAACAAAGUGUUAGUUCAGCCAAGGGGGAGACAGGCGUCCAAGGCAAUAAUAGAAAACAUCAAUAUACAGUCUCAUCAUCGAUUUGGUAUACAAACUGUCGGAGCUGACGGCAUGGUGUCCGAAUUGUCGGAAAUAAUGUAUGAAGGUGUGGAGGAGGUGGCAAGUGAUGAGAACAGUGAUACCGAGUCUGAAAUGGACAUGGCUACAGUUCUAAAUGUGGAUGAUUAUAAAAAUGGUCCAAAACGCAUGUUCAUGGGUAUAUAUGAUUACGAUCCAACAAAGAAUUCUCCUUACGACCAUCCCAGCUGUGAGUUAGCAUUCAAUGCAGGAGAUAUUAUCACCGUUUAUGGUCGACAAAGAGGGGAUGGUUUCUACUAUGGAGAGAUAAAUGGUGUGCGAGGACUUGUACCAACUUUCUUCAUUGAGGAGAUGCCACAGCCACCGCCUAGGACAAAGAAGAUGGCACGAAAUAAACAAGCAAACAAGGAGAGCAAAACAGAGACAAGAUGACCUUGACCUUUGAUUUGUUACCAUAGCAACAACAUUUCAUAUUGAUGAUAUUAUAUACUGAGAAACAGAAUUGAUAGAAUAGUCUGUUAAUGUUUCAGUGUAUUCGUAGAAAAAGUAACCAGUAUUUAUUCCAUAUAAAAUCAAACUAUAGGGGCAUUUUUUCAUAUCCAUCUUUAUUUAAAGACAUGUUACAUUAGGGACAAUUUAUGUUCAGAACAUGUUACAUUAAGGACAUGUUACAUUUAUGUUACAUUAAGGACAUUUUACACACAUACUUUUUUGUGAUAGUUGUUUUGUUGAAUAUAGAAAUCCACUAAGAAAGUGCUUUUAUGUUUUAUGUACUUCAUUUAUGAAAAUGUCAACAGAAUUCUUUAAAUGUACAGUCAUUUAUUUUAAGUUUAUUGAACACUCAUUUUUAAAGCAAAAUAAUCAUGUUAGUAAUGAAACUACAACAAGUCUUGUGCAAUUUUUAGCUGCCUAGCAUUUAAUAAAUUGUGUUUUAUCAUUAAGGUCAAAGGUCAGGGUCAAUGAAGUUUCGCGACCUUUUGGAAACAAAGGUCAAAAAAGCAACAAAAAAAAGAGAAAAACAAUCUCAGAUAUGUAGUGUUUAGAUCUGUGUUUUGUAAACAUGUAUUAAUGCAAUAGUAGACUUUAUAAUUUACCUAAGACCUGUCCUUGUGAAUGCUAUUUAUAUUUUUUAUAACAUUGAAAAUUCAGAGCUUAUUAAAUGCAAUAUAAAGACAGAAAA